UGUAAAUAGAAUAAUCAGACUGCAAUCGUUCACUCACUCCGAGACAAAAGACACAGAAAUGGCAAAGCCUUUCUCUAAAACUACACUUCCUGCUUCUCAGGAACCGCAAACGUUCUCUUCUUCUUCUGCUGCUGUUGCUCCGGCUACCUCGACAAAAUCCGGGGAUAGAUCUCCGCCGUACGCCACUGAAGUUCUCCAUUUCUUUAAAAAUGUUGGAAUUUCCGAUCCCAACGUGGAAAAUUACAGCUCAAAAGACUUCUACUCCAAUCUCUUGUGUAACCAUCUCAAGACCGACUCUGUCCGACGUGGCCACGUUACCUGCUUCGCCACCGUCAAACCCCCUAUCGCCAAUUAUUUUGGUGGGUUACAUGGAGGGGCAGUUGCAGCAAUAGCUGAAAGAGUUGCAAUUGCCACAGCGAGGACAGUGGUGGGUGAGGAUAAGGAGAUUUUCCUCGGUGAAUUGGGCAUGUCUUAUCUCUCUGCUGCUCCCAAAAAUGCAGAACUGAUUGUUGAGGGAUCUGUAGUGAGAAGUGGAAGGAACAUAACCGUAGUUGCAAUUGAAUUCAAAAUGAAGAAAACUGGGAAACUGGUCUACACUAGCCGUGCUACCUUCUAUAAUUCUCCCAUUUCCAAGUUAUGAGGUUUCCAAUACUUGUGGGCGGUGGCUCUGAUAAUACUUAUGUCUCGAGCCUAUAUAAUAAAUUCCUUAAUAAUUCUGGUUUUGUGUGUGUGUGUGUGUGUGUGUGUGUGUUGGUAUUGUGAAAUGAAUAUUCCUAUGCGAUUAUUAUAUAUCAAUUAUCAAGAGAAAAUGGUUUUACUUCCCAAUUCUGUUACCCCCUUUUUUCUUGAUAAAAUGAUAUAGUAGACUAGUAGGAAAAUAGAUCCUAGGGUUCUAGGAGAUCACUCCUGUGCUUAUUUCACGUUAUUCAUCAAUUGUUGUCCAUCAGCUCUGACCAUGGUUGAAGAAACUGCAUCAAAGCCUCACUUCAGUAGCAUUAUACAAGUCUGAGCCAAAAUAUUUAAAACGUGAACCCAGAGAAAUAUUUAAAACAGGAACAUGAGAGUUUAGUUUAAUUGAUUUAUGUAACCACUUAUAAUAAGUGAUAUCUAGAAUUCAAAUCAUAGCAUUUGCGGUUGCUCCUUUCUUUUAUUCUAAAGUUACAAUGUCUUUUGUAAAUAAAUAAACAAAGUGCACAUUUUAUUUACUAGUCCUACAUUCUCAGAGGUUUGAGCUUUUGGUCUAUACCUUUUUAAUUAGUGAUUUUGUUCACUGGUCAAGACAAGAUUAGUGGCUGUUUACACUAAUUGUCAUCUGCGUUAGUUAAAAACCAUCAAAUACAAAAAAUUGCAUGGUCAUGGUGCUGCUGAAGCUUGUUCCCACAUCCGCACGACGUUUCUAAUCCCCACUUUCUGGCGAAUAGGUAAUCUUUCUUUCGACUGAGCCUUGUACAACAAUAUGCGUCUAGAAGCCUGCUAGCACAUCGGCAGAACAGGUCUCCAUGAAUUGUGAGCGACGAAAGGAGUGAAAGUGGGAUUGGAUGACAUUCCUUCAAUGACGUCGUUUCUCUUGCAAGUUGAUGUUGGAGUAUAAUCCUAUCCUAAUAGUAAAAAUUUGUCGUACAAUGGUGAAUGAAAUAAAUUCUAGGAACUAAAGUAGUCCAAGUAAAAU